AUGAAUAGAAACGAAUAUAGCUCGCAAUAUCUUGAAGAUUAUGGGAUUUAUCAGAAGUACGAGGAAGCUGCGGCUACUCCAGGCCCGCCUAUUGAAGAUAAGAAUGCUUGGAAAGCCUCUGGUACCGAUUUCAACCCCAAUAAGUCUCUUAAGUAUUCAUCUUGGUGUGAAGACAAUGGUGCACCCUUAAAUGAAGAUGAGAUUAUGCUGAUUUUUAAACACUUGGGUAAGCUAUUUGGUUUCCAAGCUGACAACGUCGAUAACAUGUUUAGUUAUUUCAUGUCUUUGCUUGACUCGAGGUCAAGCAGAAGUUCUUGUCCAAUAGCUUUAUUGUCCAUUCACGCAGACUAUAUUGGUGGAAAUCAAGCAAACUACAAAAAAUGGUACUUUGCUGCUCAUUAUGAAUUAGAUGAAGGACUUGAUAUCAAAGGGAGAAAAUAUCAUCACCGAUGGCGUUCCUUGAAAAACAUGAAUAAGAGAAAACUGAAAAAGUCUCUUAACUACUCAAAUAAUAUCGAUGAUUCUGAUUCUUUACUUGCAUUGGAGUAUAAAUGGAGGCAGACUUUGCAGACGUACUCACAAACUGAUUAUAUUUACCACGUCGGUCUCUAUUUAUUAGUUUGGGGUGAAGCUGGUAACGUCAGAUUCAUGCCAGAAUGUAUAUGUUUUAUUUUUAAAUGUGCAAUGGAAUACUUGAAAUUUAAUAAAGAGUUACCAGUGGAUGAAGCAAAAUCUGAAUUCUUUUAUCUUGAGACAAUUAUAACUCCGCUAUACCGAUUCAUUAGGUCUCAGCAAUAUGUUUUAAAGGAUGGUUCUUGGGUUAAAAUAAAUCGAAAAGACCAUUCUCAAAUCAUUGGAUAUGACGACAUAAACCUGUUUUUUUGGUAUCCGGAAAAUAUCAAAAAGUUAAAAUUAUUUGAUAAAACAAAACUUCUUGAUAUACCACCUGCCCAAAGAUAUUUAAAGUUGGGCUCAAUCGAUUGGGAAAAACAAUUUUAUAAAACGUAUAGAGAGAAGAGAACUUGGGCCCAUCUUUUGACUAAUUUUAGUAGAAUUUGGAUCAUUCAUAUAGUGGUAUUCUGGUAUUACACCUCAUUCAAUUCUCCAAGUCUUUACACUAAAAACUAUAGCCAGCUUUUGGACAACAAGGCUGCACCCCAAAUCCAAUGGAGUGUACUUGGACUAGGUGGACUGAUAGCUUGCUUGAUUUGUCUUUUAGCAACCGUCUUUGAAUUCAUAUUUAUUCCUAGAUACUCUCCCGGUGCUCAACCCUUAUUUGGAAGAUUCCUUUUACUUAUAAUAUUACUAGGGAUUAAUCUUGCUCCUUCUGUUUAUGUUUUUGGCUUCAUUGGAUGGGAUGUUUAUUCAAAGCAUGGACGAAUAGUAAGUAUAAUCCAUUUUGUUAUAUCUUUACUUUCAACAAUCUACCUCGCAAUAACCCCACCCAGCAAGUUAUUCUACCCUUGGCUUCAACCCAAGGCUACUGUAAUAAAAUCCAACAUUUUCACCUGUUCUUUUCCUAAUAUGCUGAAAAAAAGUCGACUAUUCUCCUAUAUGUUGUGGUUGAGUGUUUUCCUGGCUAAAUUUUUUGAAUCUUAUCUCUUUUUGACACUUUCACUAAGGGACCCCGUAAGAGAGUUAUUCACAAUGGAUAUGACAAGAUGCAAUGGUGAUGUAGUUUUUGGAACUUUAUUAUGCAAACAACAAGCAUUAUUUGCUAUGAUAUUACUUUAUAUUACGGAUUUGAUUCUAUUCUUCUUAGACACAUAUCUUUGGUAUAUUAUAUGCAACUGCUUUUUUUCAAUUGGGCUUUCUUUUUCCCUGGGUAUAUCUGUUUUCAGUCCUUGGAGAAAUAUAUUUGCCAGACUUCCAGAAAGGAUAUUCACAAAAAUUAUCAAUUCGACUGAACUAGAAUGUGAGCCAAUCUUGUUAACUUUGCAGAUCUGGAAUAGUAUUGUCAUUUCAAUGUACCGUGAGCACCUCCUUUCCACAGAACAAGUAAGUAAAUUAAUUUACCAAAGAUUAUUGACUGAUGAUUAUUCUGGGAACAAAGGUUCCAAUAUAAGGCCACCUUUAUUCUUUGUUUUCCAGGAUGAUAAUAAUCUCUUUCAAAUGAAUGACUUUUUCAAUCCAAACGAAGAGGCAGAAAGACGUAUUCUAUUUUUUGCUCAGUCACUAUCAAGUCCUAUCCCAGAACCUAUACCAAUCAAAGCUCUCCCCUCUUUUUCAGUCUUAAUACCUCAUUAUUCGGAGAAGAUUUUGUUAACUUUAACUGAAGUAUUAAAAGAAAGCAAAUCUUCAAAAGUUUCUUUAUUGGAGUAUUUGAAAAAGCUUCAUCCUUCAGAAUGGGAUGCUUUUGUUAAAGAUACAAAAGUACUUACUCUUAUUUCAUCUUCUCAAGGGCCAGAAUACUCCAAUCAAAGUGAUAUGAUAGUCCAUAGAUCGGUUACUGAAUCGGGAAUAACCGAUACUGCUAAACUAGUUAAAAGCCAAAUUGAUGACUUACCAUACUAUUGUGUUGGAUUUAAAGAUGCACAACCGGAGUAUACCAUGAGAACAAGAAUUUGGGCUUCAUUAAGAUAUCAAACUUUAUAUCGUACGGUUUCUGGAUUCAUGAACUAUGAUAAAGUACUCCGACUUUUGUACGAACUUGAGGAUAACGAUGUUGGUUCAAAGUAUCCUUAUACACCAGAAGUAGUUGAAGAAGAUUUAGAUAACUUUGUAAAUAGGAAGUUCAGAUUAGUUAUUGCCAUGCAACGUUUUCAAAAAAUGUCAGAUCAAGAGAGAGAUGAUGCAUUGAAAUUAUUUAGCAUUUACCCAGCUAUUAAAAUAGUUUCCUUGGAAGAAGAAAAGGAUAAAAUUUCUGACGAGAUAAGCUAUUUCUCUGUGUUGCAUGAAAAUUGUGAUGAACAAUUCGUCAAAAAGUAUAGGAUCCGAUUACCUGGAAAUCCUAUUUUGGGAGAUGGAAAGUCCGACAAUCAAAACCAUUCUAUAAUAUUUACUAGGGGGGAAUACCUACAAGUUAUCGAUGCAAAUCAGGAUAACUAUAUUGAAGAGUGUUUAAAAAUCAAAUCGGUUUUAUGUGAAUUUGAAGAAAUAGAAUUAAAUCCAGUAAACGAUUAUAUCCCGGGUAUUCUUGAAACCAAGGCGACCAGUCCUGUUGCUUUCAUCGGAGCAAGAGAAUAUAUUUUUUCAGAGAAUAUCGGUAUUUUGGGAGAUAUUGCAGCUGGUAAGGAACAAACGUUUGGUACUUUAUUUGCUCGUACUUUAGCCGAGAUUGGAGGAAAGCUUCAUUAUGGCCAUCCUGAUUUUAUAAAUGGUAUUUUCAUGACAACAAGAGGUGGUGUAUCUAAAGCCCAAAAAGGGUUACAUUUAAAUGAAGAUAUUUAUGCUGGAAUGAAUGCUAUCAGUCGUGGGGGUAGAAUCAAACAUUGUGAUUUUUAUCAAUGUGGGAAAGGUCGAGAUCUAGGGUUUGGUACUAUUUUAAAUUUCACUACAAAAGUCGGAGCUGGUAUGGGUGAGCAAUUAUUGUCUAGAGAACAUUACUAUUUGGGAUGUAAUCUUCCUAUUGAUAGAUUUUUAUCCUUUUAUUAUGCACAUGCUGGUUUUCAUAUCAAUAAUUUAUUCAUCAUAUUAUCUGUUCAAUUAUUCAUGCUUGUUUUGGUGAGUUUAGGAUCAUUGAACCAUGAGAUUAUAAAGUGUGAUUAUAAUCCCGAUGUUCCGUUCACAGACUUGCAUCAGCCUAUUGGAUGCUAUAAUAUCGUUCCCGUGUUGAACUGGGUAACAAGAUUUGUACUUUCGGUUUUCAUUUGUUUUUUCAUUUCUUUUAGUCCCUUGGUUAUAGAAGAAUUGAUCGAAAAGGGGUUCACAAAAGCAUUUCUUAGAAUGUUUUAUCAUUUUCUUUCAAUGUCACCAUUCUUCGAAGUAUUUGUUUGUCAAAUAUAUGCCAAGUCUUUGAUUGAUAACAUAUCUUUUGGGGGUGCAAAAUAUGUCGCAACAGGUCGGGGUUUUGCAACCUCAAGAAUAUCCUUCACGGAUUUAUACUCGCGUUACGCUUCACAGUCAAUUUACCCUGGUGCGAAGAUGCUCCUCAUAAUAUGUUUUGCAACCUUAACUAUGUGGCAACCAGCCCUUGUAUGGUUUUGGAUUACCACAAUUUCAAUGUGUUUGGCUCCAUUUAUCUUCAACCCGCAUCAAUUUUCGUUCACGGCUUUUUUCAUGGAUUAUCGAAACUUCAUACGUUGGCUUUUGCGAGGUAAUAGCAAAUGGCAUAGGAGCUCCUGGGUGGGUUUUAUGAAAGUACAGAGAUCUAAAUAUACCGGUUAUAAAAGAAAAAUUCCAGCAAGUGAGGGGGGCAGGAUGAUCUUAGAUAUUACUAAACCUCCUUCUAAACUUAGCAGCUUCUUUGGUCAAGUAAUUAUGCCAUUAAUUGCAACCCUUUUCUAUUUCCUUCCCUAUAUGUUCAUUAAUUCUCAAACCGGUGUAAAGAAUCAGCAAGGUGUCAAUCCAGCUUUUAGGAUUUUAAUUAUAUCCUUCCUUCCUAUUCUUGCUAACCUUGGCCUCUUACUACUUCUCUAUCCUUUAUCAGUGGUUGUUGGUCCUAUCUUAUCGUGCAUGUUUAAAAGUGCACCUUCGGCAAUUGCUGGAUUUGCUCACUUCUUUUCCGUAUUCAUGCAUUUAAUAUCGUUAGAACUUCUUCUCUUCACUCAUAGCUUUAGUUUAGCUAGGAGUCUAUGUGGAUUAAUACUAAUACUAAGCCUUCAACAAACCAUUUUACAAUUUGUUUUACUAGUUUGUCUUUCAAAAGAACUAAAAGAUGAUUUUUCGAAUAGAGCCUGGUGGUCGGGCAAAUGGUUGUCUAAGAAACUAGGAUGGUUGGCGAUAACGCAACCUUUUAGAGAAUUGGUGGUGAAGGUUUGUGAAAUGAGUCUUUUCUCUUAUGAUUUUAUCUUAGGUCAUCUUUUAUUUAUGGCCAUGGUUCCUUUUAUAUUCAUUCCAUUUAUUGAUAAAUUGCAUUCAACAAUGAUCUUCUGGCUCAAGCCUUCGAAACAAUUUCGGGGCCAAAUUCUUUCUGCCAAACAAAAAACCCAAAGAAAAUGGAGAUUGCUCCGAUAUUGCCUUCUUUUCCUAUUGGUACAAGCCUUUCUUGCCUCGUCAAUCUUGAUUCCUAUCCUACUCAAAGAUUUUAUAACUGUCGACGUCAGACUGAUGGUUCCCACACAAUUCCAAAAAUUCGUUCAACCACUGUUCCAGAAAAAUAACGAUACCGGUGCUGAAGCACCAAUAGAUGUUGUAAGGGCUAAGCCAGAGUACACCCCCUUGAGCACGAUAGCAUAA